AUGAAGUUCAGCUCUCAAGUCAGCUCCUCCCGGAGGAAGUCGAGGAAGGCGCACUUUACGGCGCCUUCCAGUGUACGUCGCAAGAUUAUGACGGCCCCGUUGUGCAAGGAACUGAGAAGAAAGUACAAUGUCCGAUCCUUGCCGAUUCGCAAGGAUGAUGAGGUCAUGGUUGUCAGAGGACAUCACCAUGAUCGUGAGGGCAAGGUGACAAAGGUUUACAGAAAGAAAUGGGUCAUCCAUAUCGAGCGCGUGACACGUGACAAGGCUAACGGCGAAACGGUAACGAUCGGCAUUCAUCCUAGCAAAGUGGUGAUCACGAAAGCCAAGCUGGACAAAGACCGAAAAGCGUUGCUGGAGAGGAAAAGCCGGGCAACUUCCAAGGGCAAAUAUACCGAAAAGGACGUGGCAAUGUCUCAAGUCGACUGA